UCUGGACCCAGAACCACACACACACACACCUGUAACUGGGGUCUGGACCCAGAACCACUCACACACACCUGUAACUGAGGUCCCAACCUUAAGUCCACCAACCCACUCUAUGCCAACUGAUAUAACAUGAAAAGGAUGGUCCAUCUGGUAUGAGGAAGCUGGUUUACCAAACAUCAAAUGUUUCCUGUUUGGUUUGGUUACCAACCAUUAGCUGUUUCCUGUUUGGUUUGGUUACCAACCAUUAGCUGUUUCCUGUUUGGUUUGGUUACCAACCAUUAGCUAAUUCCUGUGGUUACCAGCCAUUAGCUGUUUCCUGUUCGGUUACCAGGCAUUAGGUGUUUCCUGCCUGCUGAAGUGACAGUGCCUCUCCCCUCUUCAGCCUGUACUCUACUGUGUGUAGCUGUCACCUGUGCCUCCUAGACAGUAGACACAUCUAUCUAGCACGCUUAAAGACUCAGUCUAGACAAGGCUAUUGUGAGGAUUUGUGAGGAAGCCAAUUGUUUUUAAUGUUUCAGUACAUCUCUGUAUGGUGUAUAUCAGCUAUAGCUAACUCUGUAUGGUGUAUAUCAGCUAUAGCUAACUCUGUAUGGUGUAUAUCAGCUGUAGCUAACUCUGUAUGGUGUAUAUCAGCUAUAGCUAACUCUGUAUGGUGUAUAUCAGCUAUAGCUAACUCUGUAUGGUGUAUAUCAGCUAUAGCUAACUCUGUAUGGUGUAUAUCAGCUAUAGCUAACUCUGUAUGGUGUAUAUCAGCUAUAGCUAACUCUGUAUGGUGUAUAUCAGCUAUAGCUAACUCUGUAUGGUGUAUAUCAGCUAUAGCUAACUCUGUAUGGUGUAUAUCAGCUAUAGCUAACUCUGUAUGGUGUAUAUCAGCUAUAGCUAACUCUGUAUGGUGUAUAUCAGCUAUAUCUAACUCUGUAUGGUGUAUAUCAGCUAUAGCUAACUCUGUAUGGAGUAUAUCAGCUAUAGCUAACUCUGUAUGGUGUAUAUCAGCUAUAGCUAACUCUGUAUGGUGUAUAUCAGCUAUAGCUAACUCUGUAUGGUGUAUAUCAGCUAUAGCUAACUCUGUAUGGUGUAUAUCAGCUAUAGCUAACUCUGUAUGGUGUAUAUCAGCUAUAGCUAACUCUGUAUGGUGUAUAUCAGCUAUAGCUAACUCUGUAUGGUGUAUAUCAGCUAUAGCUAACUCUGUAUGGUGUAUAUCAGCUAUAGCUAACUCUGUAUGGUGUAUAUCAGCUAUAGCUAACUCUGUAUGGUGUAUAUCAGCUAUAGCUAACUCUGUAUGGUGUAUAUCAGCUAUAGCUAACGCGGCAUCUGUUGUCAGUGUUUGCUGGUUUUUAAUACGUGAUAGAAUUGUGUCGAAGUACGUCCUAAUAAGUAUUGUAUAUUGUAUAUCACAUUGUACAUUCAACAUUGUAUAUAAUGUCUUUUUUUUUCUUACGGAGACAGUAUUAAUCAGGAAAAAGUAUUAUUUACGGUUUGUUUUUUUAUCAUUGUUGUUUAUGAGAAUGUGA